AGUUCACCUCGUGCCUUCAAUCCAUCCAUUGGAGUGUUUUACCAGACUCAUUCGAGUAGUGAUAUUUCAUAUCAGACCGACAGUUUAAAAAAAAAUCAUCCAUCACCAUGCAAUUCUUCAAGAGUGCUUUCUGUCUGAUUGUCAUCGUUGCUGCCGUUGCCGCUUACCCCGGUCAUGCCGAGAGCUACGCUAAUCACAACAGUCAUCACCAUGGUGGAGACUACCAUCACGAAGAGGAGCACUAUCAUGCCCCAUCCCCCUACAAGUACGAAUACGGAGUUAAGGACUUCCACACUGGGGACAACAAAGAUGCGUGGGAACACUCUGAUGGGCACGUGGUGAAGGGAGCCUACUCCUUCCAGGAAGCCGAUGGUACGAAGCGUAUUGUGGAAUACACCGCUGACAAAAUCAACGGUUUCAACGCUGUCGUGAAGAGAGUCGGACAUGCCGAUCAUCCCUAUGGUCAUCAUCAUCACCACGAAGGAGGAUACUAGGCCAUAUUUCUUAGGAAAUGAAUAGCAUGUCCAUUUCUCUCCCUUCAUCUUCUUCCUGGAACUUCGACCUUCACUUCAACUCAAACCUAAUUCAUUCGCUUCUAACAAAAAAACUACUUCCCAUUCCUCACUAAAAUCUUCUCUUCUCCAAAUUCAAUCAUGUGAAAAACAAUUUAAUUGAUUCUUGUGCAUUCCGUGUAACCAAAGUCAAUAAACAUAAGAGGAUUUUAAC